UCAUGCUGUGGUUCUUUGUGAAGUGUGAAUCAAAAUGUGUUUUCGUAUUGUUGGCUAAUCGUCGUAAUAAAUAAUUAUAGAAUACAGAGAACCACGAUAAAAUAAAGCAAAUUGAUUUGUUACUUAUAUUCACUAAAUCUACGCAGUCUGCGAAGGAAUACGGCUGAACUGAAGUUGAUCCACAGGUCAGCCAAACAACCACUAUUGUUAUAAAGUUCCCAUCAUGGCAUCUGCAGCAGUAAAAGUAGCUGGCGCUGCUAAGGAUAUAUCGCCCCUGUACUACAGAAUUUUGUCCAAGUUCCCACAAAAUUUCACUUUUUGUUUUGCCUAUGGAUCAGCUGUCAAGCCUCAAAUAGGAAAUGAGAAGAAACACAAUAUGAUCGAUCUUAUAUAUUGUGUUGACAACUCGUACCGCUGGCAUGGUGCUAACAUCGAGAUUAAUCCAUCACACUACUCUGCUCUUCGUUUUUUGGGCAAAGGAUUUGUUGCAAGAUUUCAAGAAAAGUGGGGUGCAAAGGUUUACUUUAACACACUGGUGGACAUUAAGGAAGAAAAUGUAACUAUCAAGUAUGGUGUUGUGUCCCAAAAAGACCUAAUUGCUGAUCUGCUUGAUUGGAACAACUUGUAUCUGGCAGGCAGACUUCAUAAGCCAGUUGAGAUUAUCAAAAAAACAAACAGCUCUCAACUGCAGAUUGCCCUCCAGUCGAAUUUACGCUCUGCCGUUCAUACAGCCCUUCUGAUAUUGCCGGAAACCUUUUCAGAAUAUGAUUUUUAUUUUGCAAUAUCUAAUUUAAGUUAUGCUGGAGAUUUCCGCAUGACCUUUGGUGAAAACAAAAAUAAAGUUCGCAACAUUGUCCAGCCACAAUUGCUAAACUUCCGUGAACUUUAUAGACCAAUCUUGCAGCAAUUCCAUGCCUAUGUAGAUUUUCCAACUGGUGAUGCUCAGUGUCAUCAAGACAUACAUCCAGAAACAAAGUUGCACCAUUUAAUGCAGUUACCUAUGGUUCCACAACAGAGAAUAGUGAAAUUCUGGAACCAUGGAGGGCUUCAGCAGGAUAUGGAGGAUGUUCUCCGUGCUGUUGCCUAUGAUAUUGAUUGUGCUGUAAUUUUGAGGCAAAUACUAAAAGACUUGGUAUGGCAGUCUAGUGUGAGGCAGUCCCUGAAGGGUAUUCCUACAGCCGGCAUUCUUAAAUCUAUCCGUGCAAAUAUGCUAUCUGAUGAAUCAAGCAGUGAUUCAGAAACUGGCAGGUUCAAAGGUCAAACAAAAAGCCAAGAUGAUAAAUCACAUAAUUCAAGUUCAAAAAGAGAUAACUUCCACAUUAGACCAACAGGGCGAAACAGGAGAUCUGCUGACAGAUUUAAUAGAGAUGCAGAUAGGAGGAGAAAUGAAAGAGAGAAGUUUGAAAGGCAAUUGGGAGAUAGAAAUAGAUACUCCAGGUAUUCUCCUAUAAGAAGAUAUUCAAGAGAUAGAAGUAGAGAAAGAAGUAAAAGAUCCUCAGAAAGGCAUAGAGACAUAAGAAGAAUAAGUUCGAGGUCCAGAGAGGACUCGGAGAGGACUAAAUCAAACCCGAGAGAGACUAGAAGCAAUAGUGAAGAUAAACACAGGCAUUCUAGAUCUAGAUCUCAUAAAUCGCCAGUAAAAAUAAGGAAUUUAAAAGAUGAUAUCAAAGAUAUAGUUACAAAAAGAGAUAGAAGUUCAAAUAAAACUGAAUUACAAUCCAGUAAAGAAAAGUCAGUAUCCCCAGAACCUGUAGUGAAGAAAUCUGUUGUACAUAUACCCAUAUCUGAGACUUUUAGAAAGAAAAGUGAGAGCCCUAUUUUAAUUGAAGAACAUGAGACCAGUGAUGUUUCUGAUGAAGUACAGCCUGGCUCAUAUUAUAAUAUGAUACCAGCAAUUGUUAAAGAAAAAUCUGAAGAAUUAAAGAAAAAAUCUGAUGAGUCUAGUGAAAUUGAUUCUUCUGAUGAUGAGAGACUAAGAGCAAAGUUACUGAAUUUAGAAAAAGAGUUGCAAAAAACUAAAAAAAAGAAACAUAAAAAAAAGCAUAAAAGAAAAUCUUCAAAGUCUGAUAAAGAUAAACGUGAAUCCUCAGCCUCUGUAGAAGUUACCAGUACGACAGAUAUUCCAGAUGUUGUUAUUGAUUGUACUAAAUUAAUUGAAAGUGCUGAAGUUUCAUCUACACAAAAAAAUAACCUGAAAGAGAGUAGUGAAGAAGGUGAAAUAUUAAGUGAUGACUCUCAAAGUGAUAUUGAUCCCAAUGACCUAAGACAUAAACUUAAAAGAUCAAAAACAACCCAAGAUGAGCAAAAUAUAGAUGUAUGGGGGCCAGCACUGCCUCCACAUUUAGAAAGGCGUAUUAUAAGAAGUACGACAGCUCCCAUUGAAGGACCUUUAUUACCACCUCAUUUACAGAGGAAAGGUCAUCAAAAUAUAGGACCAUCAAUACCAGAAGAUAUGCGUAAAGUUUUGGCAGAAAACAGUGAAAUAGUCCAUGAAGUAAUACAUGACAGUUCAGAUGAGGAUGAUGGUAUAGGACCAUUACCUGUAGGAGCUGAAAAUAGGUGGUUGGAAGCCCACCAACAUCUUGAAGAGAGAGCUAUUGAGAUAAAAAUAAAAAAACUUGAUGGGUAUUCAUUACAGAACUCAAAUAUCAAAUCACGAGAACAAUGGAUGUUAGAACUACCAGAAGGCAAGACAAAGUAUUUAGGUUUAGAAGCACGCAGUUUUAGGGCUAAAGCAGGGCCUGAUAUGUCUGACAGGUCAAGCUGGACGGACACCCCUGAAGAUAAAGCUCGUAAGGCGUUAGGAAUAGCAAAGGAAGAGGACAGCAAUGUAACACUGCAAAGAGAAGCAAGAGAGCGUCACAUCGCAAAUCGGGAUGAGGAGCAAGAGAAAGCUGCCAAAAAACACAAAAAGAAACAUAAAAGAGAAGAAAGUUUAUUGGAUAUGCAUCAAAAGAAGCUAAAAAAGAAGAAAAAGAAAGAAGAAAAAGACGAAGAGAAAAAAGAACGCCGUCCAUUCAGCCGAGACCAGGACUUGCAAGUCAACCGUUUCGACGAAGCUCAAAAGAAAUCCAUUAUCAAGAAAGCGCAAGGCCUUAAUUCUAGAUUUUCAAGCGGCGAUGCUAAAUAUUUAUAAGGAAACGCUACGCUGGAACGUAUAGGUACCUAUUUAUGAAAAAUGUACAUGACAUCGUUGAUAGUUCCGUGACAAUGAUGAUACCAUAACAAUCCAGAAACAUAUGAAAAGAUAACACAACUGUAAUUUUUUCAAAUAUGAAAUUUUAUAAUUAGUGCAAUAUUCCAUUACUAAUGAGGAAAACGAUGGUAAUAACUACCAGCAUGGCUAGCAAUGGCAGGAGACAAUUAUAUCCCCGGGGAAAGGAUAUAAAUUUAUCUUCUCCCACAGCUUUAUCAACUCCCAGAGCACUGGUACACAAGUGGAAAUAAUAUCCAAAUAAUAUAUGUGUAUUAA